UGGAAGAAAACAGUGUUCAGUACUGGCCAUGUGCUCGCGUGUGAAUAUGUACUGAAUAUAUUCCCUUCAUUUUCUCCGUGAUUUUUUCUUCUGCAGUGAAAUGUCGUUUUUUAUAAGGAAAAAGAAUGAAUCCCUCAAACGAAAGGCUAAUGGACACAUCAAAGGUCGUACCACUGAGUCAGUCUCUCGAAAAUCCUCCAGCAGUAAAAAAUCGAAGAUCAAAGACGAUGAGAGCAUUGCAAGUAGUGACGAGGAAUUUGCUGAAGAAAAUCAAAGAGGCAAACAGGAGGAUGAGUAUGAGUCUGGGGAAGACCAGGAGACAGCUCAGGAGAAACGUUUGAGACUGGCGAAAAAAUAUUUAGCUGAAAUUGAAGAGGAAGAGAGGGAUAGAGAAGAGUUUGAGGAAGGUGCUGUAUCCAGGAGAUUGCAGGAAGAAUACUUGGAGGAGAAGGGAAAACUCAGGAAAAUCGUAGCAAGCACUUACACAGGUCAUGAGGAAUUUCUUGAGCUCAGGUGCAAGGACCAUCGGGAUUCAAUCAGUUGUUUGUGCAUUUCGAGCAAUGGUAAAUACCUUUUUAGUGGGUCCAAGGAUGGGAGCAUUGUCAAGUGGUGUUUAUCCUCCAAGACUAAAUUGCGAACCAUCGGUGGAAAACGAAAAUCAAAGGAGGGAAUUAAAUGUGUUCUCUGCAUAGCCAUUUGCUCCGACGGAAAACUUCUCGUUGCGGGGGAUUCUGGGUCCAAAGACAUUAGGGUCUUCGAUGCUGAAGAUCUGAAGCCUUUGAAAAAUUUACAAGGUCACAGGGGAGCUGUCACAGGUUUGGUAUUCCGUAGAGAUACGCAUACGUUGUACUCGUCCUCUGAAGAUCGAAGUGUUAAAGUUUGGAAUCUCGAUGACAUGGUCUACGUGGAGUCCCUUUUCGGGCAUCAGAAUCCAAUUACAUCGAUAGAUGCAUUAUCACGAGAGAGGGCAAUCACCAGUGGUGGUUACGAUGGAACUAUUAGAAUUUGGAAAAUUGUCGAGGAAUCCCAGUUGAUAUUCAAUGGCCCUGGCAGCAGUAUAGACAUUGUAAAACUCAUCAAUGAGGAGAAUUUUUUGAGUGGUGGUGACGAUGGGCAACUCUGUGUCUGGGGCUCGCAGAAAAAGAAGCCCUUGUGCUCCAUUCCACUUGCACAUGGACAGGAUCAGAUGAAUGGUCAGCCCAUGUGGAUAUCGAGUAUUGCAACUCUUCUCAAUACGGAUUUAGUUGCAUCAGGAUCAAGGAAUGGCAUCGUGAGGCUUUGGAAAUGCGGCGAGUCUUUUAGGUCGCUAACACCCCUUUUCGAUAUAAAAAUCCCAGGUUUCAUAAAUGCAAUGGCAUUCACUCCUGAUGGGAAGAAUUUAAUCCUCGGUGUUGGCCAGGAGCAUAGAAUGGGCAGAUGGUGGAAAUUACCAGAGGUAAAAAAUAGAGUUGUCAUCGUCCCACUCAUUCAAACUAGGUUAAACGCAUAGAGUACAUGACGAUGAAUAAAUUACAUAUUUUUAAUCCAA